AUGUCGAUGUUAUCUCUUGCUUGUAAUCGUCAGACAGUAACCAGCCUUCCUCGGAGCCCAAUUCCUCAUCUACCACAAGACCUCAUAUUCUCCGACGUUCUACCAAGGCUGCCGGUGAAACCUUUGAUGCGCUUCCAAUGCGUUUCAAAGGCGUGGCUUGCUAUGAUCUCUUCGCCGGAUUUCGUCAAAUCCCACCUGGAUUUCCACAAGAAUGACGAGGAGGAUAAACUAGCCACGUUUUCUGCCACCGAUGAUGAGGGAGUCCACUUGUCCCUCUUUUCCAUCCUGGUCGGGGAGAAUCAGUACACUACAGACUGCUCAUCACUUAAGGUCCCUGAAGUGGCUCUCAAGUACCUGGGAGCCCACAACGGGCUUCUGUGUUUCCGAGGAAUUGACCAAAAAGUCAUCCUAUGCAACCCUUGUACCAGGAAAAUCAAGAAAAUCGACGACGCGCCUGCCUGGCCGUCUGUCGGGAUGUAUGGGUUCGGAUACGACCAACAAAACUGUGACUAUAAGGUUGUGUACGCUUGUCGUACGGAGACCUUCAACGACUAUGAUGUUUUGGUUUAUAGUUUCAGGUCGGGUGCCUGGGUAAACACCCCACAAGGGCUUAGCGCCGGGAUUGUUUUCCCCAACAUUGGCAUCCACGUGAAUGGAACGCUAAACUGGUCUAGCAGCACAAUGGUAGCUCAUAACGAUUGGGAAUCGAAUAUUGUGCGUUUCAAUCUGACAACAAAUACCGCCACCAUUCUGUCGGGGCCAGAGCCUGAAAGGUGCGGAAACAUUUCCAUAUGUGAGUUGAGGGGGUUUCUUCUGGCGUCUUUCUUUCACAUAGAGAAGGUGAGUGUUUGGCAGAUGAGAGAAUUUGGGGUGGAAAAAUCAUGGACAAAAUUGGCUUGUGUCCAACAGUUAUUCCCUCAGACACCACGUAGGACGGCUACGCUUAAUCCCGUAGUUGUGGUGAUAUGUAACGGCGUUUCUCUUGUGUAUGUAAUGAAUAACACAAGUCUCAUCAUGAAAGUGGGGGAACACUUGAGGGUUUACACAGCUGAAGAGGGUAAAAGAAAAAUUGAAGUGUGCCGCCCAGGCAACAGGGAUUUUAAGGCUUUUCUCUUUCGCGAGACGCUGGCGCCGCCGCCGUGUUUUGAUCUUUCCGAUGAUGGAGACCAAGAAAACCAGUAG